AUGCACACAAGAGCUCUGCGAAAGGUGCCCUGUGCUCUAGUGGUGUCUCUGGUGCACUGUGGCCUUGCUGUGGUCUUCGGACUUCCUGCUGUGUCGUUGCCGCAGCUGACUGGCCUGGUGAACCUAGGCGCAGUGGCAGGCGGUCUACUGAGCAGUCCUCUGAUGGUGGCGGUGGGCCAGCGUCGUGCCCUGCUGUGCUGUCUGCCAGGGGCGCUUGCGACGUGGGUGGUCAUCGCCCUGGCCAAGGACGUGCACCUGCUGCUUAUGCUGCGCCUCCUGCAGGGCGUCAUCGUGGGGCUUCUCAUGGGGCCUUCUGUGAGCUACAUCGUCGAGGUGUCGCACGCCAGCAUCAGAGGCAGCAUGACAGGCGUGUUGGACAUCGUGCGUCAGCUGGGGUACGUGUUGGUGUUCUCAGUGGGCAGCAGCAACAUGAGCUGGCGCUACACAGCUCUCAUUUGCGGCGUGCCCACCACCGUCUUGCCUUUCAUCGGACUGCUCUUCUAUCCCGACUCCCCGAGGUGGCUUGUGAUGAACGCGAAGGUGGAUCAAGCAUACAAGGCAAUACGAUUCUUCUACGGCGAUUAUGAGGCUUCAUUCGACAUGUACACGAGUACGAUUCUUACCAGCAUCGGAAUGGUCACGGGUGCCAUUUUCUUCACGGCUCUCGUUGACCGAGUUGGCAGAAAACCCCUUUUCAUUUGGUCAACCAUUAUUUCUUGUACUCAACUGGCACUACUCGGAGGUUUUUUCAUGGCUAAGUACCAGACUAUUGAUUUAACGAACUUUGCUUUUGUCCCGGCUACCACGAUUACAUUGUACUCAUUGUUGACUGCUAUAGGAGUGCCCUCCAUCUUACUACUACGGAACGAAGUUUUCUCGACUGAAGUUCGCGCUGUUGGCAUAGGCGCCACUUACGCCGUGCUCUUUAUGGGUGCGUUUUUGACGUGCCAGUUGCACCCUCUCAUUACGGACGCCUUAGGGUACUAUACCACCUUCUGGAUCUACGCCUUCUUCUGCCUGGUUUGUGUCGUCCAAGUCACGUUCACUCUCCCUGAAACAAGGGGCAAGUCCAUUGAUGUCACCAUUUCUACUGUCAGCUUAGCAUGGCCUUCUGUUUUGAGUUCUAGCCGGCUUUGAACUGACAGCAUUACUAACAGGCGCCGAUUAACAUUUUGAUUAGUACCUAAAGAAAAAUCUAUGCUAUCGUCACCUUUCUAUGUUUCUUUAUUUAACAGACUGCUGAAGUUGAGUAAAUGCGCGGAAAUAAGAAUUUAAUUCUAAACUUGUGAAUGCGUUAACGCAAAUAGU